AAACCUUUUGUGUUUGUCUUCAUGGGUCUUAAAGACGUCCGUGAAGACGCUGGUCCCAGGCAGCAGGAGCCAGAGUACCCCGACAUUAAGGAAGAAGUGGAGGAUGAACAGUGUCCCUACAUUCAAGAAAAGGAGGAUGAAGGGCACACUCACAUCAAAGAAGAGGAGGAAGAGCACCUCCGUUCCAAGGAGGAUGAAGGAAAGCCUCCCUACAUCAAAGAGGAGGAGAAGGAGUACAUUUGCAAGUUGCUAUCGACUGGUAUCCCUUUAAAAAGUGAAGAUGAGGGGCAAAGUGAACCGAGCAGAGGGCCGCGGCCUCAAAGCAGCAGAAUUUCAAGUCAACACACGACAACAAAAGGUGAUGGAGGCCACUGUGAAGGGUCACAAGUGAACGGCGUCUUAGAUAUCAGCGAAGAUGUUUGUACUGGAUGGCAGGAUCCAGAGUCCCCCCAUAUUAAGAAGGAAGUGGAUGAUGAAGAGCGCCCCUGCAUUCAAGAAAAGGAGGAGGCAGACCCCCGUCUCAUUAAAAAGGAGGAUGAAGGGCACACUCACAUCAAAGAGAAGGAAGAGCUGCUCCAAACCAAGGGAGAUGAAGAAAAGCUUCUCUACAUCAAAGCGGAGGAUGAGGAGCAGAAUGUAUGCAAGUUGUCUUUGACUGCUGUCCCUUUAAAAAGUGAAGAUGAGGGCCAAAGUGAAGCGAGCAGAGGGGCGGGGCCUCCAGGCAGCAGCUCAUGUCAUCACGUGACAUCAGAAAGUGAUGGAGGAUCAUUUGCAGACGGUCUCUUAGCUCCACCAUCGGGUGGUGAAGACAUGACUCCAUGCUCUACUGAGACUGAUGAUAAAGCGUAUGAAGGUGAUAUGACACGUGAAACUGACAAACGCUGGAAAUGUUCCCAGUGUGGGAAAACUUAUGCUUGUGCCAGCAGUUUGAAGAGGCAUAUGAUUUGCCAUUGUAUUGAGAAACCUUAUCCAUGCUCAGUUUGUGGCCGAAGAUUCUCUCAGAAGGGAACCUUAAAAAAACAUAUUAGAACACACACUGGUGAGAAACCUUUUGUCUGCUUGGUGUGUGAGCAAAGAUUCUCCCGGAAGGAAAGCUUAAAAUGUCACACAAGAACCCAUACUGGUGAGAAACCCUUUGCCUGCUCAUUGUGUGGCCAAAAUUUCUCAGAGAAGGGACACUUAAAAAGACACAUUAGAAGACACACUGGUGAGAAACCUUUUGCCUGCUCAGUUUGUGGCCAAAGGUUCUCUGAGAAGCGAACCUUAAAAAUACAUAUAAAAACGCACACUAGUGAGAAACCUUUUGCCUGUUCAGUUUGUAACCAAAUAUUCUUCGAUAAGGAACAAUUAAAAAUACACACAAGAACCCACACUGGUGAGAAACCUUUUGCCUGUUCUGUUUGUGGCCAAAGAUUCUCUCAUAAGGGACACUUAAAAACACACACAAGAAUCCAUACUGGGGAAAAACCCUUUCCUUGCUCAGUUUGUGGUCAAAGAUUCUCCGAGAAGGGAAGCUUAAAAUUACACCCAAGAACACACACUGGUGAGAAACCUUUUACCUGCUCAGUUUGUGGACAAAGAUUUUCUCAGAAGGGAAGCUUAAAAUUGCACACUAGAACACACCCUGGUGAGAAGCAUUUUUCCUGCACAGUUUGUGGUCAAAGAUUCUCUGAGAAGGGAAGCUUAAAAAGACACAAGAACCCACACUGGUGAGAAACCUUUUGCCUGCACAGUUUGUGACAAAAGAUUCUCUCUGAGGGGAAGCUUAAAAAUACACAUAAGAACCCACACUGGUGAGAAACCUGUAUCCUGCACAGUCUGUAGCCAAAGAU